AUGACAAUUCCUGCUUCCAAGCAGAGAGACGACGUGACUGGGGGGGAUACAUGGGAUAAGCAAGACUUUGAAGAAACAACUGUACAAGUGGAGCGAGUCAUUGCUUAUUGGUCAAGGAUUCUAAAAGAAGCAGAAAGAACUACUCCCAACAGAGCGCAAAGCAUUAGCCCUCAAGGAAGCACUUGUGGAAAUUUCAGGUAUACUUGGAAGGAGCUGAAUUUGUUGCUAUCACAGAUCACACCGCUCUCACCUGGCAAGACUUACAAUAAUGUCAACAGAAGACUCAUGACAUGGGGCUUAGUAUUCUCAGCCUACCCAGGAAUGCAGAUUGUGCACCGCGCAGGAAGAGUACAUGACAAUGCAGAUCCUAUCUCAAGACUUAGAGAACCCCAUAUCAAUCAGCCCUCCAGCAGAUCAAUCGACUCCACUCAAGCUCAAUAUGGGAAGACCCAUUAA